GUAAAAUUUUCCGCAAGACAUUGGAGUCCAUACGACGUAUAUUAAUUCAUAUUGGUCGCUGUCAUUCGCCGCAUCUCAUACCACCACCCAUUCACAAUGGCCCUGAUCAAUCAUUGCCGUGCAAAACUCGCUUGGAGACGUCCUAUGCAUUCUCUCGCACAUUCAAUUCCCGCAAUAUGGAGUUUUAUUGGUACCCACUGUGGUGCCAGACACUCUUCAAUCUUGUGGCAGAUGAGCCAAAUUUGAUCAUAGCGCCUCAAUUUCCAGUUUGGAUCGUAGAGCACAACGACCGACUCGAAGGUGCAGAUGAUGGUGACGAUCCUGCAGAGGUAGAGGAGAUCAAACAGACGCUCGAGGGAGAUCAGGCUGUUGCAUGCGGUAUGCAAGUCCCAGGUGAUGACAUCAAAGAAGAUGUCGGAGACCAUGAGCCUGACUCGGAGGUCGGGGACAUUUCUUUUGCACCAACCGUCCCGGAAAAGGAUGCUAGGAGCGUUCUGGUGGAUUUUGCGGUUGUUAGUCUGACAGCAGUGCCUCGGUCAGAGGAAAGGCUUCGUUAUGGAGGGUGGCGGAUAACGGCAGCAAACACUUGCCUUCUCGUGGAAGUGAAAAGAUUUGCGAGCAGGAGUCUGAUAAAGAACGAGCUGGAUGCGGAGAUUAAGGGGUAUAUUCAGGAGGCUAGGUCCGAUUUGAUGGUACAAGCAGGAUAUAUUUUUCUCCAAGAUAAAACCAAAGAUUCUGUCAUGGCCAUCGCCGCAGCAGGUCCUUAUUGGAGCGGUGCCACAAUUCAUCGCGAUAACGUCGAAGCCAUUAUGGAUUCUCUGUCAAGCGAUGAUCCGAGCUAUCGACCUCCUGGCGAACAACUCUCUGAUAAGCCGCCGAAGUGGAACAAGAUUCUUCGCCUUGAUGGCACAUCAUCCACAGCAGCUUCGGAAGCCCGCUUUCGUACCAUUUGCAAGAAGAUGAGGGAAAUGAGAGAUCAAAAAACGAACGCCAAUUAACGUGAUGUUUACUGGGCAGUGGGGAGCGUUGUUGUGAACUUGGGCUUUGAAUU